UGUGCGACACGUCGUCGACUGGACGUACAUCGACGACACUUUGACUAGAGAUAUAGAGAAAAAAAAAGGGGAACACGUGUGAUAACCGUCUCUAAUUGACAGAGAAGAUAAUAAAGCGUAGGGGUAUCCAAAUAAAGUAUACUUGUCAGUCGUGCUCGCAACUUGGCGCUGCGUAGAUACGCCUUCGGACUUUAUUCCUCUGCUCUAGUUUUCAAAUCUCGGAAUUAAGGAUUAUAAAUCAUGGAGCAACCUGAUGUGCUGUUACGUGCCGGUAUUUGACGUAAAUGAGCCAGAGAGUCCCUGAUUUCCUUGAUUUUCGAGGUCUUGAGGGCACGUGCCCACUGCUAAAAUUAAUCACAAUCAUUACGUCACAUUUGCAUCUAUGAAAUGAUCAGCUCGGUUCACCAGACAGUUCUCAGACCUGACUCGGUGAAUACCGAAUUAAUCCUCGACUAUUCAACGAGACUAAAAAAUUAUUCUAAAUAAUUUUCUUCAUCAACCGCACAAACAUUUUUUUUUAUCAGAUAUACGAGGGCUAUCCAUCAGGCUGAGGGUGAAAAAGUGACGAUGGUGUCGAGAAAAAUCUACGUGAAUCACCGAUUGAUAAAUCUUUAUCUGCCAUUUUUUUUAUUAUCUAUUAUACUUUUAAAAAAAUCAGCGAUUGUGCAAUGGCAACUGAGGUGGAGUUACAAACUAUAUUGAAAACGCCAAUGAAGGACUUUUCCAGUGAUGAGGGGGAUAAUGAGUUUCAUGUUAAUUAUCGGGGGAGGCGAUAUGAAAUCAGUGGAUUUUUGAAACAUCAUCCCGGAGGACGACAGGUACUCAAUGCCUUCAGGGGAUUAUCUUUGGAUAGGGCCCUGGAUCGUGUGCCUCAUUCACCAGCUGCUUUUCAUCUAUUCCAGGAUUUUCAACUGAGUAAUAAAACAGCUUAUGAAGAUAUCGAGAAUUUAAUCAAUUGGAAUGCACCUCUCCUGAGUCAAGUGGCAUCACUAAAAGAUCGAUACUGGGAGUGGGUGAAUCUUCCAGUGAAUCGACCAAUUAGACUAUUCAAAUCGAACAUCCUGGAGAUGCUGACAGUGACCCCCUGGUACCUAGUGCCACUGGUGUGGAUACCAAUUUGUAUAUAUUUCCUCUGCCUCGGUGUGUCCAUCGAGAUUUCCAGUCCAACUGUGAGUUCAAUCUGUAAAAUUCUCCUGGCAUUUUCCUGGGGCUUUUUGUUGUGGACAUUCCUAGAGUACACGUUACAUCGAAAAUUAUUCCACAUGAAGCCUCCACCUGAUUCUAAAAUACUCAUAUCUCUUCACUUCCUGCUUCAUGGCCUUCAUCACAAGGCACCUUUCGAUGAUAGGAGAUUAGUGUUUCCUCCGUUGCCAGCUAUUUUCCUAGCUUUUAUAUUGUACAAUUUAUAUGAGAUGAUUUUUCCAGUAUUUAUGUUGAAUAUUGUGGCCUCGGGAACCAUGACAGGAUACCUAUGUUACGAUUUAAUGCAUUAUUAUUUACAUCAUGGGGCGCCCAACGCAGACACGUAUUUAUACACCAUGAAGAGAUACCACAAUUACCACCACUUCUCGCAUCACGAUGAAGGUUUCGGUAUAAGCAGCAAACUCUGGGAUUAUAUCUUCGGAUCGUUAAUAGUACUAAGGCAAUUGAAAAAGGCCAUUAUCUGGUAGAUAAAUUAAUCUCUGCCGAAUCGUUUUUUACAAUAAAAAAAUUAAUUUUCACGAAAUAAGCCGAGACUACAAUUUAUUUAUUGAAUGGAAUAUUUAAUGAUAAUGCCUUUAAUAUUACUUUACAAAAAAUAUUAGUCAAUUCCAUGUCAUCGAGGAUCCUGACAGCGAAUUCACAUCGAUUUACAAUCAUUCUUCAUUCGCGUAUAGAUAACUUCGACUCUUAGUGACUAAUUUAAGUACGUUAAAAGGAACGAGAUUAGAUCAGUUCGUGGAAUUAUAACAUUGCAUUCGAGAUAAAAUACAAC